GCUUUCUCCCCGGAGCAGCCGUCGGAUGGGAAUAACAUGGUUUCCCCGGGCAACCGUCUGCAGACACGUCAGCGGCCCUGAACCGAAGAGCAGCUAGCAAAUUCAGCGCUCCACACGGCUAGUUUCCGUAUCGCGGCCGCCGAGUCCGGGCUGGCUGAGCAGCUCGGCAAAGGAACCAGCGAAAGCUAAGCAUCCCUAACGUUGCCGCCCGCCGGUUCCAUCCUUACCCUCCUUCGCCUCCCCGCAAAAGCAGCCUGCCCGGCUGAAGGAAAAGCAGGCAGCGAUCCAAAGCAUCCCCGUAUAGUUCCGCUUGCCUUCCAGGUUGCCGCGAGACGUGCGCAGGGCCGAAGCGAGGCCCGUGAGGAAGCGGGGCGCUUUUCCCAGCAGCUGCGCCGCCGUUCUCGGAGCCGCCCCUUCCCCGGACAGCCGGCUUCUCCGUCCCCAAAACGCGACGGGAGGCCAGCCUUCCAGGGCUCAGCGAGGCCGGAGCCACCUAGCCGCGGAAGCCGCGCCGAAACCCAACACGCCGCUCAUCCCGGGCGCCUGAGGUGGCCGCUGCUUCCCACCAUCGCCCUUGGUCCUUUCGGGAAGGGGCUCGCCUUGCUCGGGCUGGGAAUGCGCCUUCCUGCGCCAGCUGCCCAUGGAGGAGGUGGCCUCGCUGAGCAACGUUUCUGCCGCGCCUGGCAAUGGAAGCGGGGGGAGCGAGCCGGGGAAGGCGCCCUCGGACCUUGCGGAGGAGGCGCGGUGGGGCUGGACGGCGGCGGCGCUGGUCUCGCAGGGCCUGUUGCUGCUCGCCAUCUUCGCGCUUUCUACGCUGGGCAACGGCGCCGUGGUGGUCAUCAUCGCCCGGCACCGGCAGCUCCGGACAGUCACCAACGCCUUCGUGCUGUCGCUGUCGCUGGCCGAACUGCUGGACACCCUUCUGUGCCUGCCCUUGGCCUUCGCCAGCCUUCUCAAUGGGCGCCCAAACGGGGCCUGGCUCUUUGGGCGCCGCCUCUGCUUGGUCAGCGCCACCCUCCACGCCGGCCUGGGCAUCGCUGCCACCCUGACCAUGGCCCUGCUCUCCUUUGACCGCUACUGUGCCAUUGUCCGCCAGCCGCUGCAUAAAAUGGGCCGCCGGAGAGCCACGCAGCUCCUGGUUGCUGUGUGGUUGGCCGCCCUGGGCUUCUCAGGGCCUUGGUACCUGCUGGCCCAGGAGGAGGAGGAAGAGGAGGAGCAGCCUGUCGGGCCAGGCGCCCCUGCCUCCUACCAUUGCAUGUAUGUGUUGCCUUGGGGCUCUUCCCAUUUGGGUCCCCCUUAUAGUGCAACCUUGAUUGUCCUCUGCUACCUGCUGCCCUUCGCCCUCAUGUGCUUCUGCCACUAUAACAUCUGCCGGGCAGUGCGGCUGACCGAGAGCAGGGUGCGACCCCUCACCACUUAUGGGCACCUCCUGCGUUUCUAUGGUGAGAUGCGCACAGCCACCACCGUUCUGAUUAUGAUCAUCUCCAUCAUCUGCUGCUGGGGCCCUUAUUGUAUAUUAGGCUUGGCUGCUGCAACGGGACGCUUCUCUUUUUCCCCAGCUAUAGACACUGUGGCAAGCUGGAUGGCCUGGGCCAAUGGUGCCAUUAACCCCCUCAUCUAUGCCACCCGCAAUCCUAACAUUUCUCUUCUUCUUGGACGCAAUCGGGAAGGAGGCUAUCGGGCUCAAAAACCUAUGGCUGCCUAUUUGGCAGCUGCUCAGGGUCAUCGGCUGGAGAGCAAGAACCGGGCAGAACGCUAUGCCAGCUAUGGGCAUGGCAGUGGGGGCACUGUAAGGAAUAACCUGACCUGCUCCAGUCCAGGGACUGGUAGAGAAGUGGCUAUGUGGGCUUUUAAGAACCCAGCUGUGCUUUUCUGCCGUGAUGCGCAACCUGGUUCAGCAUCUGAAGUGGGCUUGCCACACAAAUCAGGCAAUGUUGAUACUUGCCUCUAAAUCAAAAUGGCUACAUGAAUUGGAAUUAGUUUGGUGGAAAAACCUAUGUUAAUCAAAUGUAUGUUACCUGAUGGGGAGAAUAAUAGAUCUUGGAAAAUGGGCAUGUGAAGCAAAGGGAUCAAAUUAACUCCUGGUCUUCUGAAUAUUCUAAUGGCUUAUGGCAAUUUGAUUUUUGCUAUGUAUGGUUUCCUUGAGAGCAAGAGUUAAAAGCUAUUGGCAAAGCAUGAAGUAAAAUGGGCUGGAUUUUAACAUUUACUAGGUGAUGAUUUAACAGUGCUAUAUGGCUGUAUCCAUAAGACAUACUGACUUGCAUACUGGCCAGGCACUUGUUAAUUUAGUGUGUUGUGUGAACUAGAAAACUGGAUUGUGAAAAUCCUGGGUUAAUAUACUGGGCAAACAUAAUCUGGGGGACUGGCCAACUAGCACUGAGCUAAAGGAUAAAUCAAGAACGGCCAUUCUAGAGAAACUAGAGAUGUCUCAUGCGCAGAAUAACAAAAAAGAGGUGACUCACUUGGGAAAGAUGAGCAUUAUAAGAUCACAGUACUAGACUCAAUAUGUGAAAGAAAAUAUUACUCAUCAAUAAGUCUGCUGUCACAAACACCAGUGAGUAAGCUGGUCUGUUGAUGAUGAAGUAGCAUUUUCUCAGUAAUGAAAUAUCACAGAAAAAACGUGCUUCUAAAUUUUACCAAUUUAUAGUGUGCUUUUUUGACAGUUUAUUGCUAAUGUACCUUCAAAAAUAUUUUGUAUAGUUGAAAACAAAUAUAAGAGUAUCCAGCAAAAAUUUGAACCCACUGAUUAAGCUUCCAGUGAUUUCAAUAGGCGACAUUUGAAGCACAAUUGUAUGCCUGUUUCUUCAAAAGCCAUAUGUGUAAUUAAUUCUCAUUGAAAUCAAUGGGGCCUGAAAAUUGCUUAUGUGGACGAUGCCAUGUUCAGAGUAUUUUCCUUGAACUGUUGUACUGGCUGAUAUCAAAUCAGAGUCAGUUGUAGUCUGGUGUCAUCUAAGUCAGAUGAAUGAAUGAAUGGAUGAAUGAAUGAAUGGAUGAAUGAAUGUUGGACUAACCUCUAAGAGUUCAUCCAGGCCUGUAAUGCUAUGAUUUUUAAAAACCCAAAUUCCUAUUUGCGACAAAAGCACAUUCCUAUUUGCGACAUUUUUGGAUUUGCUGCACUGUAAUGUUUGUCUGGAGUGUACUAUGGAUUUUUCCACAGAAGCAUUUUUUAGCCUUAGUUUUAUACAACACAGUAUUCAUUAUAUUGAGAACUUUCGAGUUUCAUUGAAUGGAUGGAUAUGAUUGUGAGUAUUAUCCUUCUAAACCAGGGGUGUCAAACUCAAUUUCAUUGAGGACCGCAUCAGGGUUGUGUUUGACCUCGGGGGGCCAGGGUGGGCAUGCCCAGCUUGACAUCACUCAUGUUGGGGGUGCCUGUGGUGGCCUGAGUGCUCUUCCAGUGAAAACAGGCUCCCAAGCUCCGUUUUCGACUGUGAUGGCCUCCUGCAACCCUCUGCUAGCAAAAACGGAGCUCGGGAGAGAUGCACGUGGCCCUUGCAAGCUCCGUUUUUGGCUGCGACAGCCUCCUGAAACCCUCUAUCAGUGAAAAUGGCGCUUGGGAGGGCUGCAUGAGGCCCUCCAAGCUCUGUUUUCUCUGGCAGAGGCACCGUGGGGCGAUCCUUUGCUGUUUCCAGGGUGGCACUGGAGGCCAGAUCUAAGCACCCCAUGGGCUGGAUCUGGCCCCCAGGCCUUGAGUUUGACACCCCUGUUCUAAGCCCUCUUCAUCUUUUACUUUGGUUCAUUUGCACUGUACUUGAUGAAGCUUGAAUAGGCUGAUCUGAGCAAGCUACAGCCUAUAUAUACAGGAAGUCUGUGACUUACAACCAUUGGUUUAGUGACCGUUUGAAGUUACCACUGCACUGAAAAAAGUGACUUAUGACCGCUUUGCACACUUAAAACGGUGCCAGCAUCUCCAUGGUUACAAGUUCAAAAUUUGGAUGCUUAGCAAUUGGUUCAUAUUUAUGACGAUUGCAGUAUCCCGGGGUGUGUGUGUGUGUGUCAUGAGAUCACUUUUUGCAACCUUCUGACAAGCAAAGUCAAUGGGGAAGCCAGAUUCACUUCGCAACCUUGUUACUAACUUAACAACUGCAGUGCUUCACUUAACAAAUGUGGCAAGAAAAACCGUAAAAGUCGAAACUCACUUAACAACUCUUUUGCUUAAGUACUUUGGGCAGUAUUGCUACAGUAAUUUUGGGCUAAAUUAUGGUUGUAAGUCAAGGACUACCUAUAGUUGCCUACUUUUUAUGAAUUACAGUAAAUGCCAUAAAAUAAACACUGAUUUGAAAAAACUCUGAUGCCUGCCUCGUUAUUGAGCAAAAGGAUCUUGCACGGCGUGCCAAAUGCAUACAUAUUUUGAAACAGUUGGGGAAUAGUGUUGG